CAGGAAACUCCAAACAUUAAAUAAAAUGUGUGAAGUAGUUGAGAUUUACGUCCCUGAAUGCUCCACAAUGUGUCUAUGACUACCAUCGUGUAGCGACAAUCACGCUCACUUCAGGUGCCACAUUCAAACAGGUCCGUGCGGACACAAUAUACUAUUGUUACACAAAUAAUAAUAUCACUAAGUUGGAGAGGAAUUACGUGUGUGAGACGUGUUUUGGUUAGUUUUGGACAUGUAAAUGUAUGUUGCAGGACUGGAGGGCGAAAUGCAGUAGCCUGCAAGUCAGCUGUUUUAACAAAGUUAUUCAUCCUCGUCAGUUCACUGUUUGUUUCCAUCACUCGUCUCUCUGCGUGUUCUCUCUCUUUCUGCACAGCUUGCAGCUCGCUCCCAGCCCCCUCACUCUCGCCCAAAUAGUCUCGCUCCCACUAUAAUACGAGUUGUUUUUGCUUUGUGAGUUUGCUUACUAUAUUUAUUUUUAUACUUGAAACUCCGGGUUAGCCAUGGAGACAUUGCAGGUUUUUACUGAGCUCGUAAUACGGAGAUCGCGGCAACGAACAGCGGCUGUCAGUGAGAGGGCUCUGCAUGAUAUUGGCCAUUUAAGUGUCAAUCAAAUUAGGUCAUGGGACGUGAUAACCAAUCAGGUUCCUCUAGCAAACUCCCGCUCUAGACGUAUGACCACAGAUAGAGACACUUGUCGUCUUCGGCGAGGAAACUUUUUAUAGAUGCGAAAGGACAAUUGAGAUAUCUGCAGGAUAACACAGAUGAUUAACGGAGCUACAGCUGACAUCAGGCAGGGGACUGAGAGGAAAAGGACUAAUCCAGAGACUCCGCACUUCUUGCACCACUAAAAGUGAAAGUAAAACUGUGAAAGUGAUCAGACAUUUCAGACGAGGGACCGUUACUCGAAGAGAAAAUGGUCUCCGUAGCUCUCUGAAGAGGAGUUCUCCAGUUUACGGUGAAACACUCAGGGAUCCUUUUCUCCUGUCAUGUAGUCACAGUGUGUGUGAAGCUUAUCUACAGCAGGAGUGUCCAGUCUGCAGGAGAAACAGCCUGUGUGUGUUUGGUGUGUUAAGAUUCUUAGAAGCAGAGAAACCACAACUUCACUCCCAUAGCUGAAACACUUGACUGAGGUAAGAAAGAAAAAAAAGAAAUGAUUUAUGUAAUAAUAGUUCAUGCACAAUCUCUUAGCCAACGUAUAUCACUGUAAACGCAGUAGAAAUACAACAGAUCACUCCAGUCUUAAACAGCACAUGAUGUAGAGAACAUACCGGUAUACAUAUGGGUGAGUGUGCAAUAAGAGGCAGCAUACAUACAACAUGGGCCUUCUUAUAUACUCUUUCAUAACAUUCAGUAUAGUCUGAUCUAUACCUUCUUUAAUAACAUUGAAUAUAGAUACAUCAGUAUAUAUUUUUAUAAUACACAACAUAGCCCUAUCUAUUUAUUCUUUAAUAACAAACAAUAUAGCCCUAUCUAUAUAUUCUUUAAUGACAAACAAUAUGGGCCUUCCUAUAUACUCUUUCAUAACAUUAUAGCCUUAUCUAUAUAUUAUUUAAUAAUAUUCAAUACAGUCCUAUCUAUACAUUCUGUAAUAACACAAUACAGUCCUAGCUAUACAUUCAUAAAUAACACACAAUAUAGUUCCAUCUAUAUAUUAUUUAAUAACACACAAUGUAGUUCUGUGUCUGGUCAGAAAUACAAGGAAGGGGUGAUGAUGAUGAUGAUGAUGAUGAUGAUGAUGAUGAUGAUGAUGAUGAUGAUGAUGAUGAUGGUGAUGAUGAUUAGCUUCAUAGCUAAGGGAGGUAGAUGUUACUGCAGUGUUUCUUAUAGAACUGGAGUUUGUCUUAGAAUCUGUCCUUAAUGCCAUAGAAGGACAGGCAUAGAAAGAAGCAAGUCUACUGGACGACUCCCACUGGAGACUGAGAAUGAUGUUGGAGAACAUGACACAAUGAUCUGUCUCUGUUUCAGGAAGGCAAAAUGUCAGCCGCAGUCAUGGACAAAGAUUUUAAACUGGUCACCCCUGAUCAUGUUGUGAAGGCUUCUGAAGGUGAUGAUGUCACUCUGCCCUGUCACCUCUCUCCUAAAACCAGUGCUGUGGCCAUGGAGAUCAGGUGGUUUAAUGGGACACACUGUAUCUACCUGUAUAAGAAUGGUCAUGUGACAGAGGGGAGGGACUAUGAGGGCAGAGUGAGUGUGAACACCCAGGAGCUGCAGAGAGGAGACGUGUCUCUGACACUGAGGAACAUCAGAUGGGGAGAUGAAGGAGUGUACACAUGCCAGGUCAUCAGUGGAGAACACAAGGAGGAGGGAAGAGUCGGGCUGAGAUGUUCCCCUGAUUAUAUGGUUGAUUACCUUGAUUAUAUGGUUGGUGCAGUGGAUAAAAACACGUAA